UCACUAGAUCAUAGUGUAAUGGCGGCUCUAGGAAUUGCUGCUCUAACUUUUUAUUUCAUGUGUGAAUGAGUAAAAUAAAUUAUAAAAUAUAUGUUAAAAUAGUUAAUGUGUUAAUGAAAUGUGAUAAAGGCUUAGAUCUGUUAAUUAUUUGUUGGCACUGUUUUCUUAUAGUGCCAGGUUUGGUAUAACAUACGAAAAUGUCGAGUGACGAAGACAAGCCACCAGCACCGCCGGUGCGACUUACCAGUAACCGUGCUACAGACCGGGGCGAUUCAGUGGCUUCAGUUGAUAUGAGGCCUCUACCUAAGGAACCUGAUGAUGGAGGAGAUCGGAAAAAGAAAACACUGAAAGCCAAAAUUAAAGGUUCCAAGAGUACAGCACACAAUGACAACAAACCUAAUAUUAGUUAUCCAACAAAUUUUGAACAUACAGUGCAUGUUGGAUUUGAUGCAGUCACAGGUGAAUUCACAGGUAUGCCAGAAGCAUGGGCGAGGCUUCUUAUGGCAUCCAAUAUUAGCAAGCAGGAGCAAAAGAACAACCCUCAAGCUGUUCUAGAUGUGCUCAAAUGGUACGACGCCUCGGCAACGCAGCCACCACCCUCCAAAUACAUGACGUCAGCGCAAAUGCAUACCACACACUCAGGUUCAUCAGUGUCGCGUGUGUCGUCGAGCAGUCCGUCUUCGUCGACGCCGACGGACACGGAGCACCCCGAGCCGCCUCCGCCGCCCCCCUCCAGACCGGACCGUACCAAGAGUAUUUACACGAAGCCUAUAGAAGAGGAGGAGCCGCCCCGAGCCGCGGCGGCGUCCCCCGCGCCUUCCCCGCACCACGUGCCUCACCCCGCGCUCACCACACAUUCAAUAUGCAGCCGCGCGGAAGUGGGCAGCGCGCUGGACCGCAACAAGAACCCGGCCGCGCCGCAGUCGCCGCCGCACGCGCCGCCGCCGCCGCAGCCGCCCAACGGCGCCACCACCAACAUCGACACCGGAAGAGCAACAGGACAACAACAAAGAAAGAAGAAAAUGACAGAUGAAGAAAUAUUAGAAAAAUUAAGGACUAUAGUUAGUGUGGGAGAUCCAAAUAGAAAGUACACGAAAAUGGAGAAAAUUGGACAAGGUGCAUCAGGUACAGUUUACACAGCGAUAGAAACGUCUACUGGUAUGGAGGUGGCGAUCAAACAGAUGAACCUCAGCCAGCAGCCGAAGAAGGAGCUGAUCAUCAACGAGAUCCUGGUGAUGCGGGAGAACAAGCACAACAACGUCGUCAACUAUCUGGACAGCUAUCUUGUUAACGAGGAACUGUGGGUUGUUAUGGAAUACCUGGCGGGCGGCUCGCUAACGGACGUAGUGACCGAGACGUGUAUGGACGAGGGUCAGAUCGCGGCCGUUUGUCGCGAGGUACUACAGGCGCUACACUUCCUCCACACGAACCAUGUCAUACAUAGGGACAUCAAGUCUGACAAUAUACUGCUUGGACUCGACGGACAAGUCAAAUUAACGGAUUUCGGGUUCUGCGCGCAAAUAUCCCCUGAGCAAAACAAAAGAACAACGAUGGUCGGAACACCGUAUUGGAUGGCGCCUGAAGUGGUUACAAGAAAACAGUACGGACCUAAAGUGGAUGUAUGGUCGCUGGGUAUAAUGGCGAUAGAGAUGAUCGAAGGCGAGCCCCCGUACCUGAACGAGAAUCCGCUGCGCGCGCUGUACCUGAUCGCGACCAACGGGAAGCCCGACAUCAAGGACAAGGACAAGCUCAGCGCCGUCUUCCAGGACUUCCUCGACCAGUGCCUCGAGGUCGACGUGGAUAGACGCGCCGCAGCGAUAGACUUACUCAAACACCCGUUCCUGAAGCUGGCGCGGCCGCUGGCGUCGCUGACGCCGCUGAUCAUGGCCGCCAAGGAGGCCGCCAAGGGUCAUUAGCGCCGGCCCCCGGCGCGUGCGCAGCGCCUCACACACGUGCCUCACUCACGCCGCGACAAGCAGCCGCACGCCUGAUGGGACGCAACUCUCGUCAAAUAGUCAACCUUUUCUCCAAAUGUCUGUUUUUUUUAUUAACGAAAAAUUUGUCCAUAAUUCUUCAAUAACUUUUAUAUUUUUCCAGAAUAGUUGAAGUGAAAUGCUAUAUUUUUAGUAGGCAUUUGUAGAAAAGGAUAGUAUUUUUAUGAGACAGAGCGAGAUAACGAAGGACAAACAUUGAAAUAUGCCUUUUCGAAAUAUUAACGUUCGAACGAAGGCAAGUUCCAGUGCCUUCGUAUUCACAUAAGCAGAUUCGUGUAAACGCGAAAAGAGCGUGAGACUGGCCACAAGACAGUGGUCAAAGUGAUCAAGGUACGGAAAUACAAGUUCGGAAUAAUGUUAUUCAAUGGUUUCGGUUGGAAUGCUGAUAACACGUAACAUUAGCACAACGCAACUGUCGCGCGGCCGCUACUCCAAUAUAGAAUAGAAGUAUCAUAUUUUUACAAGAGAUUGAAAUUAGUCAAAGUGCAGUCCAGUAAGUUAAAGAAACUUAGUCGUUUACUAGUUAUUUAUUCUUAACGACUUAUCUUAUUGACGUGUUUCGUUGGACUGUUUUAGCGAGAGGGCGAAUAGUGUAGAUAGAUAUUAGAAUCGAUAGGUACGAGUUAUUUAAAAUUAACGAAUAUUCUAGCUGCAAACGAAGACUGGCAGUUAAUAUUUAGGUAACCUUGUAAAGUUAUAAAUAGUAGAAUUCUCUAGACCCUUAACGAUAGUACCGAUUCAGCUUUCUCUGUGAUGGUAGGUGAUAGCCGGCGGCAGUUAGGAGGAAACACUUCAAUACGGGGCGAGAGCGGACACGAGCGAGUCCGCGGUCCUCCGGCCACGAUGAGUGGCUGUGUGGACAUUAUCUAUAUAUUGAUUUGUAUUAUUACGAUGACAAUCGAAGAUUUAGUUCCGAGUUUGAAUAUGAUUAUUCAUAUAUUCAUUUUUUGUAAUAGUAUUUGAGUUUUAUAAAUUGUUUUAUGUAAGUUAUUAGUGCGGCGAUCAGGUUUUAUAGAUUUCAGCGUGAAUGUUUGUUUGUAUGUAUACUAUACAUUAAUUUGAUUAUUGUGGCGAUGUUGGUUUGAGUCGCUUUCAUGCUUUUAUAGUUACUAGUAACUCAUAUUGUUAUGUAAGAUAACUGUUAAUUUAUUAAAAGUUGCUAACGCUUCUAAAUUUCUUUUUUGAGAUUAUUGUUUGACAUGAUUUAUUAUUUUUCGAAAAUUGUCGGACUUUCAUGACUACUGGAUUUUUGGUAAUGUAACUGGUAUAAGUUUUGAAAUUAUUAUAUAAUUAUGAUGUGUAUUUUAAUGAAAUUAUUGGUUGACUGCAUUUUAGUUUACCUCAAAGCUACAAUGAUGAUAUCAUUUAUUUGUUAGUCAUGAAGCGAAGCAUUUACAUAGCAUUAAGUUUAUAUAGUCUAUUGGGUGAUAAAUAGCAAAUUACUUUUUGAUUUGUGGCACAAACAAUAUUAUAGUAUUUAUAAAAGAUUUCAAUCCAGCCUUCUAAAAUAAGCAUACCUAUUCUGUAACUUAUUCAUAGAUCAUUUCGUAAUUAUAUUUUAAUCUUCACAUGUAUAUGACAAUAGUAGUCUAGUUAUAAAUAUGAGUCAUAUGUGCUGCAAUUCACCAACGUAAAGUAUUUUAUAAUUAUAAAAGGACUCGUAUCUGUCCUAUUAUCGUUUUAGGUUGUGCCGUCAGACGCUGUUCUUUUCAACUAUGUAUGUAUGUGUGAGUGCGAGCUCUGACACGCGAGGUUACAGAAACUCAGCUACGUAGUUGUACUGAUACAUGAUAGACAACAGUAGUUACUUAUUGACAAUAUGAAGUGACCAAUUAAAGCUAUGUAGACUGCAGUCAUUACGGUUGGUGCAAUACAGACGAAAUUUUAUUUCAUAUCACAUUAUUUAUACCUACAUAGUAUUGGUAUUUUAAACUGAUAAAAUAAAUGUUAUCGUAAUUUAUUCACGCACGGCGCCUUUUUAUCUAAAUAAAUGUGACGAGUCAUUUAUCAACAGUGAUUCAAGUAGUUUGCUGUUUUUGAGACCUUCUGAUAACUAAAUAAGAUAUGAGCGUUAAACAUAUACUUUACUGUCUGUAAUAAAUCUUUGUCAAAAUCUGAAGAAAGUAAAGUUUCUAUUAUUGAAACCCGUAUUGGUAGGUAUAACGGAUACCUACCAAUACGGGUAAAAUCACCUCAAAGACAACUUUGUGGAAAGUUGGUACAAAUAUUAAUGUCUCCAAUCCGAAUCUGCAGUAUAUCAUUCACGGCCUAAAAUUUAUUUUUAUACUAUUAGACUCAUUCAAUGUAAUAAAUUAUUUAUGGCCUACCACAUACACAUAAAACGGCGCACCAACCCUUACAAAAUAUUUGUGCAAUAAUGUAGAAAUGUAAAAAUUAUAGCCAAAUCUUCAAGAGAGCUUGAACAAAGUUAUUCAGUAUCUAAAAUAUUGUAAGAAGUGUAUUAACUAUGUGAUCAUGAAGAUGAAUUUGAGUAUGCGUUAGGUAUGUUAAGAUGAGAAAGUAACUGUAAUUAUGAACAUAGUCCUAAGUUGAAAUGUAUUAAUACUUGUAAUAGGUUAUUGUACAAGACAUUUAAUGCAGUUGGAACAUUUUUCAUGAUUUUGUCAGUUGUAAAACACCAGUGCCAUGUAUGAGCAACUUGUGCAUAUAAAAUUACAACAAACUAUAAUAAAAGAC